GAGCUGAGUGAGCCACGUGCUUGUCUCAAUCAGGGAUGGCAAUAAACCUGUGUAAUGACUCCAUCUGACAGAUGAAGACACUGAAGCCCUGAGAGACCGCUUUGAUUCCGCUCUAGCCUCCCCUUGCGCUCGGCUGGGAACGUCGCCUCUCCCGGAGCUGCCGCGCGCGCUGCGGAGCAGGCAGGGGCUGCCUCUGGGGCAUGGAAGCAGCCUCCUCGGCAGCUGCGAAAGGAGCGAGAGGAGCCAGCGAGCGCUGCUGCCUGUGACCCAGGCGUCCCGGUGGCUGCCCCCAGCCCGGGAGCCCAUCCGCACACAGCCCUCUCCCUUCCUUCCCCUCCGGGUCUUCCUCUGCAGAGCCUGGUGGAGCCAGUCCCCACAGAAGCCAACCCGCAGGGGAGCAUGGAGCUGCUGUCCACGCCCCACAGCAUCGAGGUGAACAAUAUCACCUGCGACUCCUUCCGCAUCUCCUGGGCCAUGGAGAACAGUGACCUGGAGAGGGUCACCCAUUACUUCAUUGACCUCAACAAGAAGGAGAAUAAGAACUCCAACAAGUUCAAGCACCGGGAUGUCCCCACCAAGCUUGUGGCCAAGGCCGUGCCGCUGCCCAUGACAGUGAGAGGCCACUGGUUCCUGAGCCCCCGCACGGAGUACAGUGUGGCCGUGCAGACCGCCGUGAAGCAGAGUGACGGGGAGUACCUGGUGUCCGGCUGGAGCGAGACGGUCGAAUUCUGCACCGGGGAUUAUGCCAAGGAGCACCUGGCCCAGCUGCAAGAGAAGGCCGAGCAGAUCGCGGGGCGCAUGCUGCGCUUUUCUGUUUUCUACCGCAACCACCACAAGGAGUACUUUCAGCACGCCAGGACCCACUGCGGGAACAUGCUGCAGCCCUACCUGAAGGACAACAGCGGCAGCCACGGCUCCCCAACCAGCGGCAUGCUCCAAGGAGUCUUCUUCAGCUGCAACACGGAGUUCAACACAGGCCAGCCCCCACAGGACUCCCCCUACGGCCGCUGGCGCUUCCAGAUCCCCGCCCAGCGUCUUUUCAACCCCAGCACCAACCUCUACUUUGCAGACUUCUACUGUAUGUACACUGCCUACCACUACGCCAUCCUAGUGCUGGCCCCCAAGGGCUCUCUGGGGGACCGCUUCUGCCGAGACCGCUUGCCCCUCCUGGACAUUGCCUGCAACAAGUUCCUGACCUGCAGUGUGGAGGAUGGGGAGCUGGUCUUCCGCCACGCCCAGGACCUCAUCCUGGAAAUCAUCUACACCGAGCCCGUCGACCUAUCCCUGGGCACCCUGGGGGAGAUCAGCGGCCACCAGCUCAUGAGCUUGUCCACUGCCGACGCCAAGAAAGACCCCAGCUGCAAGACCUGCAACAUCAGUGUAGGUCGCUAGGGACUCCAGGGGAGCUGGGGGGGCUUAGGGAGAGAUGGCUGGCAGAGCGGUGAUGGGUAACGUAAGUUCAGGGAGCCAGCUUUCUCUCCCCUGCCCCUGGCCCCCUCCAUGCCAUGCAAUUCCCCCUCCCCCACCCCUCAGUUUUAGAGGCAACAGAGAGUGGUCCCCUGGGUAGGCAUGGCCCACCCAGGCCUAGUAAGGCUCUUAGCUUCAGUGGGGGGGUUGGACUUCUGGAGACUUCCCCUUUCCUCUGGCUUCCCUGUCCCGCUAUUUCCUGCUUCAUCACAGACCCCCAUCUGAUGGAGACUGUGCCCUCCAGGCUCCCCCCCGGGAAAGUCUCUCCAGGCCGCAGCCCACCUGCAGGUCACCUGCCUCCGUGGGGGACCCAGAGAGCUGUGGGGUGCUCUUCCUUAGCCCACCCACCCCACGCAGGACCACCACAGGCUGCCCCUCCCUGCUCAGCUGGGCCUGGGGUCUUCCCUCUCCAGACCUGGCCCCCUCCCUCUAUAAAUAGUCUCCUGCACUGCUGUGACUUCCUUCCCCACAGCGCCUCCUCCUGCCUGGGGAGAGCGGUCCCCUCUUCUCACCUCUGCUCUAGAAAGGGGCCCUCUUCCUCCUGGCUUUGGAGCAUCCAGGCUGUUGGAGUUUUCCCUUUGUUCUGAAGAUAAUACAGACCCCAGAGGACCUUUUCCCUUGCUCAGAGCACUGAGGCACUCAGAGCACUGGCAGCCACUGGGGUCGAGGAGGGGGGAAGAGACCCCUGAGACCCAGAGGGACCCCUUUCUCAGCCAGGAGUGGGCUGCUGCUCACCCUGAGGCCACCUGGUGUGGAACGAGACCUGAGGGCUUUCCCGCAGAGCCCGUCACGCCCUGGCUGUGCAGUUUGCUCGCCCUCUCUGCCUCGGGGCUGGGACUGCCUUGUGCCUGUGAGUGACCUGGACUGUGGUUUCCCUGCCACCCCAGCUGCCGUCCCCGCCCACUGGCACUGUCUACACUCCCCCUGGAGCCUGUGGACGGAGCGUCCCUUCCCUGGGAGCUCCUGUCAGAGACUUCGCUGGGCCUAACAGUGUUUUUUACCUAGUUCCUACUUUUGUACGGGUCACCGGGGUGGAGAGGGCAGGCCUCCUGAGACAAGCAGACCAGGUGGAGUGAUGAAGAGAGGUAUCGACGGAGGCAGCUAGCUGUCUGGGGAUGAUGGAGGUGAUGUCAGGUGGAGGAGAACAGCCUCUGCAGUGACAGCCGGAUUUCUGUGAUGAAGGACAGAAGGGGCCAGCAGGCCAACAAGGCCAUAUCUCAGUAAGGGGCAGGUGGGACAGCUGGUCGUCUCUUCUGUAGCCGCAGGGAGUAGUGUGAUCAGCUGUUUCUGUGGCUUGGAUCAGGUCUGGGGCCCCGGGAGAUGCAUGGAGAAGGAGAGGACAUGGGCCCUCAGGCCCUUUCCCCCCGCCUCUGCUGGCAGCAUUGCUGUGGGGGUGGCCUGCUGCCCUCCCCUGGCCCCAUGUCUGCCCCCGGCUGGGGCACACCUGCCUGUGCUGUGCUUGCGAUGUGUACCAAUAAACCACCACGGCCUGAGA